GUCGAGAAGGACCUCUUGUGUAGCAAGUCAAGCUUCUUCAAGACUGCGCUCAAUGGUCGCUUUAUGGAGGCCAGGGCCAACAAGAUUUUACUUGAUGACCGCCUCGAUCUGUUUAAGAUCUUCUACCACUGGCUCAAACACGGCAAUCUCAACUUCAUGGACUCGAACUGGACCAUGUCAGCCGCAGAGGUCUUGUCUGCUCUCGUGGAGAUCUACAGCUUCGCUGACCGCAGAGGUGUUCCAGCCUUGGCCAACCUAAUCCUAUGCAAGCUUGACGGACGUAUUAGACCUGGAGGUCUGCCUGUUCGUCUUGACGUCAACACCAUUGCUAUGGCAUGGGAUCAACUUCCAGAAACCAGCAAGCUCUGCCACUAUCUCGUGGCAAUUGAGCGUGACGCCAACAAGUGCAAUCUCCCUAAGCGUCCAGCUGUCGACUACGAAUGCCUUUCUGGAAGCUUUAUCGCCGCUCUUCUUAGCGCAACCGAGAACGGCCAGUGGUGGACCGCAGCAAAGGUUCAGCAGCAGCGUGUUGACAUCGCCAAGGUCCACGAGUACAUCAAGUCCUACGGUGGAUUGGCUGGAGUCGAUCGGGUCCGCGGAUGGGAUGCAAUCAUCCGCGCAAUGGGUAUCAGAGCACCUGCCGGCUGUGACCAAGACAAACUCCGUGGCCAUUUCAGAGCAACUGCCAGAAGAUACCUACGUCCUUGGGACACCGCCAUUCCUCGUUCCUACAUAGCCUCGGCCGAGGAAGACUGCCCUAGACCUUUGGUUAGACAGAUCCUCCACAGUGCUGAAAGCGUUCGCGUUCGCGGUAGCCAGUGA